GGGAUUGGGACCGAUUGAGGUUGAGGCUGGUGGUGGUGACCGAGAGCUUUUUUUUUGGCUGAGGUCGGUAAUUUUUGCGAUAAGCCUUGCACUGAUCGAUUGGCGAUAAGAGAAUCCGCGAUUGGCGGCCUUCCAACAACUCUUUUCAACGACGACGACAACUCGGUCGGGAGAAUUUGGAAUUAUUUUCCGACGAGGACGAGAGGAUGUCGUCGAAUAAGAGGAGGAAAUUGAAUACCGAGCCCGAAACGAAGAGCCUAAGCGCCUUCGCCGCCCGCCAACAGCGCAAACUCGCCACAGCAGCAGGCGCAGCAGUCGGCGCCGCAGAAGCAGUCCUCGAAGGCCACGGCCCCGAUGAGCUGAACGGCGCCUCGUUCGUCGAGGCCGGGAAGACUUCUAAAGUGUUUCGGCUUGGGAUUGACGGGCCGGGAGACGCGAAGGCGGAGGAGGGGGAGUUCUCGGAUUCUUCGCCGUAUGAGGGGAGGGAUGAGGGGAGGGUGUCGGGGAAGAAGUCACGUGGGACGAAUACGCCGUCUGAGCAGGUGGUGGUGGAGUUUACGACUGUGAAGGCGAGGGGGGAUCGGAUUGUGCGGGAGAAAAGGGGAGGGGUGAGCGUUAGGAUUGGGCCUGGAGAGCGGGUGGUGGUUCUGGGAGAGUAUCGUCUUGCGGUUCGUAAGGGACGGGCUACGCUGUUGGGGGCUACGUUGUCGCCUGAGAGCACGAAGGUGUUUGUGGAUGUGUAUGCCGCUUCUUCGCACUCGUUGCCUGUUAUAAGGUAUUUGGAGUCGGAGGAUAAUGAGGUUAUUAUCAGUUUGGGUCAGCUUAAGUCUGGGCUGAGACCGCUGAAGAAGCUUUCGCCGCUGUUUUCUAGGUUGUGGAAUGAAAGCGCGACGAUAUUGGAUGGUGAUGUGGGCUCAGAUGAAAGGAGUUCUUUUCAAAUUCUGUUCUCUACUGCAGAUGGCCCGCGGAAGAUACCCCUUCACAAAGUCUACUCACCACCAGAAUGGAACGAAACCUUCGCAGCAGUAUCUUCUAGCAAGUGGAACCGCGAAAGCGUAUCAAGCACGAUGAUCUGCGGCCCAAAAUCAUCUGGGAAAUCUACAUUUGCCAAGCUCCUCGUCAACCGCCUAUUGACCUUACCACCACCACCCAAGUCCCGGUCAAAAAGGCCAGCUGGUGUAUUACUCCUUGACCUCGACCCAGGACAACCAGAGUACUCGCCUCCAGGACAACUCUCUCUAGUCCACCUCCUAAAACCGAACUUUGGACCACCAUAUACACAUCCCGACGCCGACAGCGGCGGCUGCACCGUUAUACAAGCCCAUUCCGUCUGCGCCAUAUCACCAUCAGCCGACUCGGAUCAUUACAUGGCGUGCGUGUCCGAUCUACUCAGCCAUUAUCGGCACUACAUAUCUUCACACGCAGAGUGCCCCCUGAUAAUCAACACGCCUGGAUGGAUUCUCGGGACAGGCCUCGAACUACUCAUCGAGCUUAUCAAAAAGGCGAAGCCUACUGUUGUCAUAUACAUGUCCACCGAAGGACCUGUAGAUGUUGUCAAGAGCCUGCGAGAAGAGGCGAGGCAAACUCCAGUUAUCGAGUUGCCAUCGCAGAUCAGCGAGUAUACGACUCGGACCGCAGCGCAGCUGAGGAUCAUGCAGACGAUGUCGUACUUCCAUCUAAAUAGGAAGGAUACUACGGCGCCGUGGAACUGGAGCCCGUUGACAUCAAUGCCGCCUUGGAUGGUUAAAUACUCUGGGCCUGGUUCGGGAAUACUGGGUGUUAUGUGUAUUGGGGAGCAGCCGGCGCCGCAGUUCCUUCACGAUGCUAUCAACGGGAGCGUAGUCGCUGUGGUUGUGAUAGACGACGAGCUUGCCCUCCGUAGUCCUCAGGAAGGGGAAGCAGAAAAUGGGGAUCGCCUCUCAUCGGACAUCUCUCCAAUGGUCACAGCCAACACGGCAAAUGGACACUUACCCUACCUCGAACCUGGACCUAACGGCUACCCCGACCCCAAGCAUAGCCACUCAAUCGGCUUCGCCCUAGUUCGCGGCAUCUCCACCACCUCCAACUCUCUCCAGCUCCUCACAGCCAUCCCCCACAGGACCAUCAGAGAACUAGCCAUCUCCGAGAAAUCAAUCGUCCUCGUGAGUGGCAAGCUCGAGACGCCGGGAUGGGCGUAUACGGAGGAGUUACAUCAGAAGGCGGUGGUGGCGCUGAAUCGGAGGAAGAAAGAGAUUGGUGGGCUGGUGGAUGAUGGGGAGUCUGAUGAGGAGGUGGAGGGGGAUGGGGAGUAUAUGGGGGAGUUUGAGAAUGCGCCGUGGGUUGAGAGGUUGGAGGGGCAUAGGGGGAGGGGGGUGGGGGAGAGGGUGUGGAAGGUUAGGAGGGAUUUGGGGAGGGGUGGUGAUGGUGGUUGA